AUGUGCAGCUACUUCUCAGAAAGGGUGGGAGGCGAGCAGGGAGAUCUCGCUGAUAUUGUCCGUGCCAGCGGCUGUGGGAAGGCACUUGGCCAGACCCACCAGGUAAUUCCCAUCGAGUGGCAACUCUCAAUGGAGACGAUUAAUUUCUCGCCGUCAAUGGAAAGUUCCGCCGAUGACCGUAGCAACACAAUCUGCGAUUUCGUUGGAACCACGUUCUUCGACGGUCCAGAGACUGCCGGUGGGGUUGUUAAGGUCGGCAUGGGGAACGAUGAAGGUGCCGCCACCGCCAUGCAGAGGGCCCUCAGCGGCGGGAACGAUAUAAGGAGACCUGGAGACGACUUCUCAAGAGUUCUUCAGAUGUCACCGAGCGAAAUUAAGCCUCAGCUCCUCGUCGCUGAUAGGAUGAAGGCAAACGGCGGCUCCCGGAGUUGUCCCCUUGACCAGGAAAGAUCACGGAUUUCAUCACCUCAAGUUCUUGGCACCAAGAAAAGGUCAGUAUAUAGUUCUGAAUUUGUCCUCACCCAAUUUUCAUGAGAAAUUCUGGGAAACUGGCUUAUUCGAAUAAUAAGAACAAGAACAUCGAUUAUAACGACAGUAAUAGUAUGCACAAUCGUCAUUCUUUUGUCCUUCCGCAAAUAUAACCAUGAUAACCUCUCUCCCUUCUCCUGGAUACAGAAACGUUAGAUCUUACCAAAGGUGCCAUAUGACGAUAGUUGAGAUCUUAGCUAUCUUGCUUUUUUCUCUCCUCCGAAGGCAGAGUCUUCUUUGGGACUGCCCGUUUACCUUGGCCUAGCCUUCAUGGCAAUGGCACCUUGACAGUUUUAAAGCAAAGUCUAAUAGGAUAUAAAACGGUUUCUAGGAGUGUGUUAAGGUUUUGUAGGUCCAGUAUUCUUCAAGUCGAUCUCGUAGAUUCUAUAACUGUAAUUUGAGCUAGCAUACCUACGCAUCGUCCGCCGCGAUAGUGUCAUAAUCAAAUCCAGGAGAAGGUCACAUACCUACGCAUCGUCCGCCGCGAUACGGUUGAAAUUCAAUCAAUCAUCAGCCUCUUUGGCUCCCUAACUCACCGAUACCAUGCUUCUAAUGGAUACCUUGUUGACAGUAAGCUUGAUUUUGUAUCGAACCAUGUCUCUCGGAGAAGUUUUCACGACUCUCUCCUCGAGUUCGGUUGAGUCCUGGUGCGGAACUCUUUAAAGAGAUAAAUUAUUCCUCUUCUUAUUUAAGCUAUUUCGGUGGGUGAGAGAAGGCUGGUAACUCACAAGUUGAGUAGGAAUCCGCCGAAAAAUGCACAGAAGAGAGAGGACAGCUGAUUCUACCUUAUCUGACGUCUCCCUACGUUCUAUUCAGAAAACCCCUGAGUAAGAAGGUGGUCUGCAUUGCGGCACCACCGGCAGGUGGCGGUCGGCCAGGCGGAGAGGUUGUUCCAUCCGACCUAUGGGCUUGGAGGAAGUAUGGCCAGAAGCCCAUCAAAGGAUCACCAUAUCCGAGGUAAAAAUCUUUCCUUUCUUCGUUCCUUUCUCAACUGUACAGUAGCUUUGAUAUUAUUUCAUGGAAAGAGGAAUACAACGAAGAAACGGAACUCGGGUUUGAUGCUACUCCAUAGUUCUAAGUGGGGAACUUCUAUAAUUGAGUGAGGGAGGAUGAACUUAAAUGUAUGGUGCUUCGGUGUCUCUUCCUUGUACCUUCUACGGUGCAUUUUUACCUGGCACAAACAGUGGACUCUUUCCCGUAAUCAAUCCAGACCUUGAUUAUACUAAAGAUGCACGGGAGUGUUAGAGAGAAUGGAAAAAACUCCUAGUCUCAGUUCCAUCCCUAGACUCCUUUCAUGUGGAAACUGAUCUUCUUAAUUUGUUGACCUGCCUUGGCCUUCCGUGAAAGAAUCUUGUCGCCAUUUAGUUGAUUACGAGAGAGUUGGCUGAAGGUUGUCAGACUGGGGGAGAGAGACGGGGAGAAGUUAGACUGCCGUCCAAAAUUAUCAUCUAUACCUCGGGAAUCUCCAACCUUGAGAUCAGCUCUUAAUCAAGAAAUUUCUGUUCACUGGUGUGCAGGGGUUACUACAGGUGCAGCAGCUCCAAGGGUUGCUCGGCAAGGAAACAGGUCGAACGUAGCCGGACGGACCCCAAUAUGCUGGUCAUCACCUACACAUCAGACCACAACCAUCCGUGGCCGACCCAGAGGAACUCUCUCGCCGGUUCCACAAGGUCUCGACCAACCAAGAACGGUUCCUCAGCUACGAAGAGCUCCCCAAGCGACCGGAACCCCCCGCUGCCAGAGGUGGCCAGCCAUCCUUCCGUGAAAGAAGAGGAGGCGAGGGAGAUGAAGAAAACUGUUGACAACACCGAGAAACGAGAGCUAAACCUAGUAUUCGAACCGAAUUGCAAGGUCCUGAUGAACAGUUCUAGCCAGCCGGAUGAUUUCUUUGCAGAUCUCAGUGAGCUGGAUGCUAGUGAUCCUCUCGGCCUAGCUUUCGCCUCGAAGGCAUUAAUUGGAGUUGAGAGAGAGAACAAGGACUCCUUGGCCAUAUUCGACUGGGUGGCAAACUCAUCUACUGAAACCAAGAAAAGGGGACCUUAG